AUGACAGACCAAGCAAUCCCACAUUACUCAAACUGGAUAGAUGGAACGUUCUCAACAUCUUCGUCUUCUACACUCCAAGUCAUCAACCCAGCAACCGAAGCAAUCAUAGCCACCGUCGACGCCACAACUCACAACGAAGUGCAAGAAAUCGUCACAAAAUCAUGGCAAAAUUUCAACCAAGGCGCAUGGUCUAAAGCUGAUGCCUCUGAACGAUUUGUAGUUCUGUCCAAAGCAGCUACGUUGCUGCGUGCCCGCAUCCUGGAAUUCGUUGAGCUCGAAGUCCAACAGACUGGUCGCCCUGUUCGCGAAAUGCGUGCUCAAUUAGCACGUAUCCCUGAAUGGCUGGAAUAUUUUGCUAGUCUGGCACGCACCCAAGAAGGUGCUGUGACGCCUUUCAAGGGCCCCGUUGUCAAUACCCUGACUCGGUUACCAUUAGGUGUUGUGGCUCAGAUCACACCCUGGAAUCAUCCGUUGUUGAUCAGCACCAAAAAGAUAGGCGCAGCACUUGCUGCUGGGAAUGUGGUGAUUGUAAAACCUUCUGAACUAGCACCCAUAUCCAUUCUGAAGCUGGGAGCAUUGUUCAAGGAAGCUGGUUUGCCAGAUGGAACGCUACAAAUUAUCUCGGGCUAUGGCCGAGAAACAGGGAAAUAUCUCUGCGAGACACCCACAUUAUCCAAAAUCGAUCUUACGGGGGGUCUAGCGACAUAUCAAGCCAUUGCACCCUCGGCGUCUCUAAAUAUGAUCCCCAUCACGGCCGAGUUAGGCGGGAAAGCACCCGUCUGCAUAUUCGAGUCGAUGAAUGUUGAAAAUGCCGUCAAAGCGGCGUUAUUUGCUAGUUUUAUUGCCAGCGGACAAACUUGUGUAACCGGUAGUCGAUUACUUGUCCACACGAAUAUAUAUGAUGACUUUGUGGAGUUGUUGGUCAAGAGGACAAGGGCAUUGCGGCUGGGUGACCCGACUGAUCCCCAAACGCAAAUCGGCGCUGUAAUCAACAAAGCUGCUGUUGAAAGAUGCGCGGCAUUCGUCUCACGAGCAACAACUGAAAAAGAAGGCGGAAAGGUGUUAUGUGGUGGAAAGCCGGCUGCUCAUCAAGAUAAGGGGUACUUUUUUGAGCCAACCUUGAUCGAGACCCACGCUAAAUCGGAUCUUUCUUGUAACGAAGUCUUUGGCCCUGUCAUUGCCAUAAUUCGCUGCAAAUCGGAAGGCGAGAUUGUGCAGAUCGCCAAUGGCACGAAUUACGCCUUGGGGGCUUCUAUCUGGACUCAAGACUUUACACAGGGACAUCGCGUUGCAGGUAAAAUCGAAGCCGGGAUUGUUUGGGUGAAUGGGCACCAUCUGAAUGAUCCUUCAUCUCCUUGGGGCGGGUUCAAGGAAAGCGGUAUCGGGAAGGAGAAUGGGCGUGAGGCGUAUGAGAGUUAUACGAAGGUGAAAAGCAUUGUUUAUAAUUAUGGGGUUAUGCCGACGUGGUUUGAUGACGAGGUAGAGAAUGCCCGGUAUGGAUAG